AUGGCAGGCGGACGGAGGGACGCCAUGGGGCGACUUCCGGAAGGCAAGGGCGCCGAACGCUCGAGCUUCGCAGAGUGGGGCGUGUGCAAGGACUUCGGCCUGUUCGACGACGCGUUCGGGCGCGGCCUCCCCGAAGACGCGCUCACGCUGCGGGCGCGGGUGGCGUGGAUUGAGCCUCGCGCGGACUCCCUGCUGCCCAACGAGGUGGUCUCCGUCGGCCGGAACGCGGCGCCCUCCUUCGCCGGGGCGGAGGGGUCCAUCCAGGCGGACCUCGCGGCCCUGUGGUGCGCGAGGCAGGCCAGGUGCGCGGGUCCGUCGGGCGGCCCAGCGCUGUUCUCCGUCGCGGGGCUGUCGGUCUCCGGCGACGUGGUGCUCGUCUGCGAGCAGCAGCGCUUCGACGCGGACCGCGCCAUCUUGGCGGCACGGAGCUCCUUCUUCCGCGCCAUGCUGUCCAACAGGCAGUACCGGGAGGCCGCCCAGCACGAGGUGGAGCUCCCCGACCUCUCCGCGAGGACGCUCGCGGCCGCGCUGCGCUUCGUCUACACCGACGAGGGCCCCGACCUGCGCACGCAGGAGGAGGCGGAGGAUCUCCUGGUGGCCGCCUCCAAGCUCGGCAUCAGCGGGAUGAUGCGGCUGUGCAGCGACCGCCUGCGCGACCAGUGGCUCACCGUGGCCAGCGCCGUGAGCCUGCUGCGGCUGGCGGACGAGCAUGGCGCCAGCGCGCUGCGGUCGGAGGCGCUGGCCGUCAUCGGCGCCAACUUCGACCACGUGAAGGCCACGCCAGAGUGGGAGGAGCUGCUCCGGAGCGGCAUGAACCCGUCGCUGAUCCAGGACACCCUGCAGGCUGUGGCCGACGCCGCGAUCUUCGCCGGCCGUGCGAGCAUCAAGCUCUGAGGGCCGCGUGCCCGGAGUCGGCAGCGGCCCCCGUGCUGGCCAGGGGUGUCGGCAGCGAAGGCGGGGAGUGGGUACCACCACGAGGGAAUGAGGAUGCUCCUGCUCUCCUGUCUACCGCGCCCCCCGCCCCGUGGCACACACCCACGCGGAGCGGUCCGCCCUCCGCGGGCGCCAGCGCGCCCGGCGAGGCCCAGGCUGGAGAAUUCGGAGACUGCGCGGGGCGCACGCGCUCGCACAGGUGUGGGGUCCUCGCCCCGCGUCCUUCCUCGUGGACCUCCUCCUCCUGCCAGCCUCCUCCUCCAUGGCCCCACGCCCGCGCGCGUGGGCCCUGUCCCCCUGCUCCUGCACGGCCCCGUUCCGCGCCCAUCGCGCCAGGGCGGCGCGCUUGGGCAGCCGCGCGCUGCGGCGGCAGAGGGGG